GUGGGAGAAGGAGGAGGCGGCGAAUCACUUAUAAAUGGCGCCCAAGCAGGACCCAAAGCCUAAAUUCCAGGAGGGUGAGCGAGUAUUGUGCUUUCAUGGGCCUCUUCUUUAUGAAGCAAAGUGUGUAAAGGUUGCUAUAAAGGACAAACAAGUGAAAUAUUUUAUACAUUACAGUGGUUGGAAUAAAAAUUGGGAUGAAUGGGUUCCAGAGAGCAGAGUACUCAAAUAUGUGGACACCAAUCUGCAGAAACAGCGAGAACUUCAGAAGGCCAACCAGGAGCAGUAUGCAGAGGGGAAGAUGAGAGGGGCUGCUCCAGGAAAGAAGACAUCUGGUCUGCAACAGAAAAAUGUAGAAGUGAAAACCAAAAAGAACAAACAGAAAACACCUGGAAAUGGAGAUGGCGGCAGUACUAGUGAGACCCCUCAGCCUCCUCGGAAGAAAAGGGCCCGUGUAGAUCCUACUGUUGAAAAUGAAGAAACAUUCAUGAACAGAGUGGAAGUUAAAGUAAAGAUUCCUGAAGAGCUCAAACCAUGGCUUGUUGAUGACUGGGACUUAAUUACAAGACAAAAACAGCUGUUUUAUCUUCCUGCGAAGAAGAAUGUGGAUUCCAUUUUGGAGGAUUAUGCAAAUUACAAGAAAUCUCGUGGAAACACAGAUAAUAAGGAAUACGCUGUUAAUGAAGUUGUGGCAGGGAUAAAAGAAUACUUCAACGUAAUGCUGGGCACUCAGCUGCUCUAUAAAUUUGAGAGACCACAGUACGCUGAAAUCCUCGCAGAUCAUCCUGACGCACCAAUGUCCCAGGUGUAUGGAGCGCCACAUCUACUGCGAUUAUUUGUGCGAAUUGGAGCGAUGUUGGCUUAUACACCUCUGGAUGAGAAGAGCCUUGCUUUGUUACUGAAUUAUCUUCAUGAUUUCCUAAAGUACCUGGCAAAGAAUUCAGCAACUUUGUUUAGCGCCAGUGAUUAUGAAGUGGCUCCCCCUGAGUACCACCGGAAAGCUGUGUGAGAGGCGGCACACUCACUCACUCAAUAUUGGUAUCUCUGUAAACACAUUUUUGUUUUUAGUCCUUCUCUUGUACAAAUGAUGUACUUUGAAGAUGUUAGUGUAUAACAGAAUUGAUGUUUGUUUUCUGUUUGAUUUUGAACAGAGAAAAUAAAAGGGGUUGCAGCUCCUUUUUUUCUUUUCUUACUUUUUCAUUUCAAAGUUGCUACCAGUGUAUUCAGUGAUGGACAACAGAGGGACAUGCUGUAGAGUGUUUUAUUGCCUAGUCGACAAAGCUGCUUUUGAAUGCUGGUGGUUCUAUUCCUUUGACACUACGCACUUUUAUAAUAUGUGUUAAUGCUAUAUGACAAGAUGCUCUGAUUCUUAGUGCCAAAGGUUCAAUUCAGUGUAUAUAACUGAACACACUCAUCCAUUUGUGCUCUUUUUUUUUUUUUUUUUUUUAAUGGUGCUUAAAGUAAAGAGCCCAUCCUUGGCAAGUCAUCCAUGUGGUUCCUUAGGCAUUUUAUCUUUGCUCAAAUUGUUGAAGAAUGGUGGCUUGUUUCAUGGUUUUUGUAUUUGUGUCUAAUGCACGUUUUAACACAAUAGACGCAAUGCAUUGUGUAGCUACAGUUUUCUGGAAAAGUUGAUCUUUUAGGAAUUGUUUUUCAGAUCUUCAAUAAAGUUUUUCUUUAAAUUUCAAA